GUACCGGACAGUUGCACCCGGGGCAUGUGGACUCGGCUCAGGCAGCGGGGUCGCACUGAAGACCUGCUGACAGCGCCCGGAGGUCGGGCGGGGGGCGCACACGGGACCUGCGCACUGCGUCUUGGGGGGCUCACUAAGCACCUGUUGGGAGCUCAGGUCCCACCGCGGCCCUGCAGACUCCGCCCGGGGAGAUGGAGUGGGGGACGCGCUCGCGCCCAGGUGUUUGCAGGUUGUGUGCGCAAGGGGGAGGGCGAAGCGUGGCGGGAGGGCGAGGCGAGGGAAGGAGGGCCUGAGAAAGGAGGCGGCGGCGGCGCGGAGGAGGGUUAUCUAUACAUUUAAAACCAAGCCGCCUGCGCCGCGCUGGGAAGACCUGGGGAGCGUCCGGCCGCACGCGCAGGACACGAGCGCCCCACGCUCCGAGGCGCGCGCGGCCUGCCACCUCCUGGCCUCCUGAGCCUCGCUGCCCCUGGGCCCCAGACGACCUGGAGCGCGUGCCCUGGGGAGUCGCUCCGCGGCACAGUGCCAGGGCCUCCCUGGGGGUUCUGUCGUCCUCCCACCGGCCCCCGCCCCCGUCCUCGGUCCGCCCCUCCUGCUGCGCGCGGGGGCUCGGAGGAGUUGCGGGACGAGUGGAUGCGGGCGCGAUGGACAGCGGCGCGCUGCCCGGGCCCGCGCCCUCCGUGCCUGGCGUCUCGGGCGGCUGCGUCCCUCGGCGGCGACCCACAUCCCCAGAGCUGCUGCGCUGCAGCCGGCGGCGACGGCCGGGCGCGACGGAGAGCGGGGGUGGCGCGGCGGCCGUGGCGCGGCGCAAUGAACGCGAGCGCAACCGCGUGAAGCUGGUGAACUUGGGGUUCCAGGCGCUGCGGCAGCACGUGCCGCACGGCGGCGCCAGCAAGAAGCUGAGUAAGGUGGAGACGCUGCGCUCGGCGGUGGAAUACAUACGCGCGCUGCAGCGCCUGCUGGCCGAGCACGAUGCUGUGCGUGCCGCGUUGGCCGAGGGGCUGCUGGCGCCAGCCGCGAGCCCCUCCGCGUCCUGCGGGCCCCCGGGGACCCCUGCCGCCGCCCUAGGCUCGCCUUCUUGCGCUUCGUCGUCCCCGGGCGGCGGGGGCAGCUCGGAACCCGGCUCGCCGCGCUCCGCCUACUCCUCGGACGACAGCGGCUGCGAGGGCGCGCUCAGCCCCGUGGCGCGCGAGCUGCUCGACUUCUCCAGCUGGUUAGGGGGCUACUGAGCGCUCCGCCCCCCGAGCAGCAGCCCCGCAC